AUGAUAAAAAGACAUAUUUGCUUCGUUGCUCUCUUCCUGGGGUUAGUGGCUGGUCUGGAAGUCGGUACAAAUUCUCCAUGCGCAAAGAAGUGCCUCGACGAUCCAAACAAAGGCAACCCAAGUUGGUCAAAUGCAUCUACAACCUUCGGCCCUGACGUAGCAUGUAUCGACGCGGACUACGUGGGCAAGAAUGCGACGAAAGUAGGAAAGAAGUUCGCGGACUGCCAGACCUGCAUGCAGUCAAGUGGCUGGGAGGAUUCAGAUAGCGGCGAGAGAGACACAACGUGGUUUCUAUUCAACAACCGUGGAGCAGCUGACUAUUGCAUAUUCGGACGUUUCGCGGAAGAAAGCAACAAGGACAUCUCGUCGACCGAACCUUACAAGCAAUGCUUCUCAGCAUGCAACCCGAUCUACGCUGCAUCGGACUAUCGCAUCAAGAGCGAUCCUGAGAGAUACGAUUAUUGCGACAGCAACGGCAACUACACAGACAGGGCGCAGAGCUGCAUCAAGUGUUUGUAUAAUGGCAAAGGGCUGACGAUAUUGGGCAACAUCGUCGCAACUCUCACCGAAAUGUGCAACACCAAACCCGGCAAAAACAUCAACUUCGACGAAGCCGUCUACAACACCACACAGAUCAAACUUCCCGCCUCUACUUCAAAUACUACAUCUACACCCCUCCCACACGUCUCUUCCACCUCCUCCUCUUCCGGCCUCUCCAAAGGCGCAAUAGCCGGCAUCGUCCUGGGCGGCCUCGUCGCCAUCGCCGCCGUCCUCGCAGGCAUCCUGCUCCUGCUCCGACGCGCGAGGAAGCGCCGCGAGAACAAGACCAUCGAGAUGCCCGGCGCUGGGCCAAGUCCUGCUGUUUCAAAUGUGCCGUACCAGUACGCACCUGUGCAGGAACACAAGUACGCGCAUAAUACUGAGCCUGUGGCGGCGACGAGACCGAUCAGCGAGCUACCGACGGCAGGGGACGCGACGCCGGCGGAGUUGGGGCCUACGAGUCCAAGAUAUGAGGCGAGUGAGUUGGGAACGGGGAGUCCGGUGAGACGGUGA